CCAGUGAAGCCGGCUGAGCGGCCGGAGGUGUCGGGCCAACAUGGCGGCGCUGUCCUAGUCCGAGCGUCAGACUUCCCCGCACCCGCCCCCCUGCCAUCACUAACACCACCAGCCACCACCACGCCUGCCUCCCCCAGACAGUGCCAGACGUCCAGACGAUUUAUUUCGGUGUGCAAAGUUGUGACUUUUACACGCAUCAAAUGUCAGUGUUAGCCGUAAUAUGUUGUCGGACUCUAGUGAAUCGUUCAUAAGAUGGUUAAUUGUGCAGCGUUUGGGUGUACUAAUCGGACAGCAAACAACAAAAAGGGAUAUCGACCACCCGCUGGUAUAACAUUUCACCAGUUCCCUAAAGACGAGCACCUGAGGGAGAAAUGGACUAUAGCAGUGAGCAGAAAGGACUGGGAGCCAUCGAAGUGGAGUCAGCUGUGCUCCGCACACUUCAGAGAGUCAGAUCUGGACCGGACGUCUUCAUCAUGCGUCAGGUUGAGGCCGGGAGCAGUCCCCUGCGUGUUUCCAGCUCAAGGAAAAGAACUUCCCAACGAAAGAAAGCCAUUGAAAAGGACAGUCGAUGAGGUAUUUAGCACUGGUGAGACAUAUGUAGGUGUUUUAGAGUCCCCAAGGAAAAAGAAAUUAAAAAAGGAGCUUGACAAAACUAAAAGCUUGCUGCAGACAUCAAAAAGAAAAGUUAGAAAUCUGAAUCAAAAAAAGAGAAGGAUUACAAAAAAAAUUGGUAACCUUAAAAGUAUUAUAACUGUUUUAAAAGACAAAUUAAAUAUUGCCGAUGAGAACUGUUUACUGCUAAGUUCUUUAUCAAAAACAUCAGCAUGCCUGUUAAAAAGAUCUCACGAAAAAAAUAUCAAUCCAAAAAUGAGAAAGGUCUACGAGGAUCGCCUCAAAGCCUUUGCUAUAACUCUCCAUUUCUUAUCCCCCAAAGCUUACAGAUUUGUACGGAAAACAUUUGACACAGCCUUGCCGCACCCCAGAACGUUGUGUAGGUGGUACUCAACAGUUGAUGGUGAACCUGGUUUUUCACAGGAAAUAUCAAGAGCUCUAAAAGAAUACACUAACAGAAACGGGGAAACAUUGUGUGCUUUUAUGCUAGAUUCAAUGUCUAUUC